AUGGCUAUCUUUGGGCAAACACUGAACGGCACUGAGACGAUCAGACAUACAACAACCGACCACCCUCUAGUGAAAUUCAGUGCCGCAACGUACGCAUGUCCAUCUCGGUGUGAGGAUUCAUAUCGAGACUUGACAUCUACAUCAAGAGGUGUUGGUCGGAAUUUUCCAGCUACGGGCACCGAAGGCCUCCAUAAUCAUGGGGAAAAGCGACAAGCCCUUGAAACGUCCUGCUCCGCUUCCACUGGAUUAAAGAGAUAUUUGGAGUCACCAAAGGAUAUUAGACCUACUGCAUAA